AGUUGGUCCUGGUGGGGAUCCGUAGUUGGUGGAAUAGCAUUGUGAAGAAGAAUGUUGAUGUUGUCAAAGUUGAAGAGGAGGACUCAGUGUUAAACAAACUUCGAAUCGUGUCAUUUGCUUGUCCUGGCAGGAAACUUAGUAAAGGAUCAUGGGUAACACAGGCGACCGGAUGUCCGGAGACCGCCAUGGUGCCAAGGCCCAUCGCUCUGACAGCAGAGACAAAGACCAUGAGCCCAGCAAGAUGGUGGACAGCACUGAUGACCCUAACAUCUUCAACACACACGGUCUGGGGUCCUCCAAGGUGUCGGACAAGGAGGAGCCCGACCUGGAUGACCUGGUGAAGACUGGGCCUCAGUCCAGGCCCACGGUCAUCCGCUGGGCCGGAGGAGGGAAGGAGGUCUACAUCGCUGGCUCCUUUAACAACUGGGGCAACAAGAUCCACCUCAAUAAGAGCCACAAUGACUUUGUAGCGAUCCUGGACUUGCCAGAGGGAGAGCACCAGUACAAGUUCUUUGUGGACGGACAGUGGGUCCAUGACCCCUCAGAGCCAGUGGUGACCAGCCAAUUAGGCACCAUCAACAACCUGAUCGAGGUGAAGCAGUCGGACUUUGAGGUGUUUGAUGCUCUGCAUGUGGACUCUCUGGAGUCUACUGACACCUCAGACCUGUCCAGCUCCCCUCCAGGUCCCUAUGGACAGGAGCAGUACAUGUUUAGGCCUGAGGAGCGCUUCAAAGCCCCGCCCAUCCUCCCCCCACACCUCCUCCAGGUCAUCCUCAACAAGGACACUAACAUCUCUUGCGACCCAGCCUUGCUGCCUGAACCCAACCAUGUGAUGCUCAACCAUCUGUAUGCGCUCUCAAUAAAGGAUGGAGUGAUGGUGCUCAGUGCGACUCACAGGUAUAAGAAGAAGUACGUCACAUCUCUGCUCUACAAGCCCAUCUAACCCGUGUGUGUAGGUGCACAGUGCUAUAGAGGGCAGCAUGUUAAUACUGCGCUGGGUUUAACCAUGUAGUUGAGAUUGGACUAAACUAACAGUUUACAAAAGAGCUGGGGGCCUGUGGCUGAGACUGGGGGGCAAAUCUCAAGACACCCUUUUCCCUGUAGAGUGCACAUCACACUUUAGCGCUCAGCAAAUGGGUUCAAAGUAGUGCACUCAAUGUGGAAUAGGGUGUCAUUUGAGCUUCAGCCUGUGACUCCACAAGAAGUCCACAAGGAGAAAUACUGUAAGUGAACUGUGGCGUUUUCCCAUAAUGCACCCACAGUUGAAUAGCAAUAAGGGACUGAAAGAAACCACUSUGUGUGCAGCACUUAGGCUGCGUUUACACAGGCAUCCCAAUUCUGAUCUUUUUUUCCACUACUUGGUCUUUUGAUCAAAUCACAUCAGAUAUUUUUCAGAGCUGAUCUGAUUGGUCAAAAGACCAAUUAGUGGAAAAAAUAUUAGAAUUGGGCUGCCUGUGUAAACGCAGCCUUAGAUUCUUUGUGGGUGCGUAGAAAGAACAUUUGGUUCCAUUAAAAACAUAAGGGUUUGAAGACAAGUCUGCUGAUGGGACUUUCAAACACAUAUAAUCAACAUGACAUUUUAUUAAAUUAGCUUUUGAAAGGUUAUGUACACGGAAAGAGGGCAGUUGAAUGUUUCUGGCUUGGAUUUAGUGUCAAACGCUCCCAUUCUUUCUCCAUAUUUUUACUGUAAUUGGACAGUGACUAGACUAAAUGGAGGAUUCUGCAGGGUCUUCCUUGUUAUUACUGUAAUUGGACAGUGACUAGACUAAAUGGAGGUUCCUGCAGGGUCUUCCUUGUUAUUACUGUAAUUGGACAGUGACUAGACUAAAUGGAGGAUUCUGCAGGGUCUUCCUUGUUAUUACUGUAAUUGGACAGUGACUAGACUAAAUGGAGGUUCCUGCAGGGUCUUCCUUGUUAUUACUGUAAUUGGACAGUGACUAGACUAAAUGGAGGUUCCUGCAGGGUCUUCCUUGUUUGAUUCCAAAGGGACGAUGACCACUAAUGAAAUCAGGAUAUACAAUUGGAUAGGCUGUGUACAUUUAACUGAACUGAAGUAUAACAAACUAUGGGUAUUAAAUGGUAUAUCCCAUUUAAUCACUUUAAACUAAAGGCCUCAUUACAUAUAUGAGUUGUGAGUAUAGGAGUUGUGAAAUGUUGGCCUGUGUCUGUAGAUCUCUGCUUAGUUCUGCUAUUGCCUUCAUGAAAGGAUGCUGCAAGCACUUUAGCUACACGUGUGUCUCCAACAAAUGCUUUGAGCAGGACUGUUGACAUAAACCUUUAACUAUGCAGAUACACGGACACAUCUUGUAGCUUUACAUUGGACCUUAGCGUCCAGUCUGCAUUUUAGAGAAAUAGCUGUUCUGUGGGGUUUUCUUUCUUUCUUUUUUCGUUCUAUUUUCUAUUUAUCCAAUAGAAAUCAAUCUGUUACAUUUUCUGUAUUUAUAGCAAAGAAACAAACACAUAAUGGUUUGUCUUGAAUGUCGGGCAUGAUUUGAAUGUCUAAUACGAACAGUUUACUGUGGAAUGUGUAGUGGAUUUCACAACUGUGAUUCUAUCAAGAUUAAAUAUUUGUGGCAAAUUGCCAAUAUUGAUUUCAUAAGAAUGUUAAAAAGUGUAAUUUACUUUCAUCAAUAAUGUUAAAUUAUGUUAAACUACUCAGAUUUGACCAUAAAUGUAUUUAAUAUUUAUAAUUUUGAGAGAGUAUUGUACCUAUUGCUUGUGAUACUUCACAACAAUAAUCAAUGUGAGCUGAUAUCUGUAGGUGAUAUAUUCCAAAGAGAAGAUAAUAUAUAAUUACAUAUUUUAUUUGAAGAAACUGAGAWAAAGCAAUAUCUCGCUCUGUUUGAGAAUAUAGGAUAUUCUGGUGCUUUAUUAGGCAAAAAACAAAACUUGAAUUUUAAAACUGUUAGCUAACAUGUUUGUUUUUGAAAAUACUUUGCAGCAUCACUGUGUAAGCCAGGUACUAUAGAAGCUUGUUUMACUUGUUUGCAAAUAAAAAGGGAAGACAACUGACCCUGAAUAUCAGUUGUGCCUAA